GCGGUCGGCGCAAAUUGUCGAAUACCAGCGAGCAGGGUGAUGGUUUUUUCUGCCUCUUACUCUUUAUGCGCCGUAGAGACAUUUACUGAAAAUAGAAUGAGAAAUAGGAAUUCUACCAAUGAAUAA